AUGGUGGCGUUCCUGGCCACUUUCCCUGCCUUUGCCUAUCUCCCUCCUCUUCUGGUACCUUCCUCGGCCACCACCAAAGCCUCCCCCACAGCGAGCGUGACGGAUGGCUCUCUUGGCCCUCGAGAUGUUCUUGCCUAUGGAAAACAGGCGCUCAACUGCAACACUGGAUGGGAUGACCGUGUUGUGUUUAACAAAAAGGUACAUCAACACCUGCUCACCCAACAGGGCAACAAGCUACUCUUCCUUGUACGAGACUGGAACUUCCCAACGCGAUAUCCAUACGGCCACCAGGGCGGCAAAACUGUACUCGAGAGAAUUUUAACGGUAAACGAAGAUCAGGAGCCAGCGCACCAGGAUAUUAGAGAAGGACUCGGCAAGAGUUUCGAGGAACUGGAGUGCUACCUCAUGCCGCACAUCGGCAUGCGUGCCAUCAGGGAUGAAGACUUUGAUGGUCAACUAAAUCGUGAGCUCGCUGGGACAAUAGAAUUUAUGUUGUUAGUAGUAAAUUUGUGA